AUGGGAUCUGGCAAAAAGGAAGGCGCCCGCCGGGAGCGGCAGGGCAAGACGGGCGAUGGCAUGGGCAAUGUCCACACCAAGGGCGAGAACUUCUACCGCAGCGCCAAGCGGGUGAAGACGCUCAACAUGUACAAGGAGGGCAAGCCGAUUCGUAACGCGCGUGGUGAUAUUACACAGGAUGCUUCAUUUCAAAGCAGAGUCAAGCCCACCGCACGCAUCGAGCCCAACCGAAAAUGGUUCACCAAUACUCGAGUGAUUUCGCAGGAUGCGCUGAACUCUUUCCGUGGCGCUGUCGAGGCGCAAAGCAAAGAUCCAUACAGCUACCUGCUGAAGCAAAACAAAUUGCCAAUGAGCUUAAUCACCGACAAUAAGGACAAGGAACGCAAAGACGGGCUGAUCCAGCACAAGGCCAAGAUUCGGAUAGAGAGUGAGAAGUUUGAUGACACGUUCGGUCCAAAGGCGCAACGAAAGAGGCCGCGGCUAGCAGUUUCAAGCCUGGAAGAUCUUGCAAAUGCCACAAUUACCGACUACGGAACAUACAAGGACCGAAAGGAGGAGGCCAGGCUACUGUCCGGAGCUGGCGAUGAAAGUCAUGAAKCAUUCGAAGCCAUCCCAAGAACAGAUCACGGCGAGCUUGCCGCAGCAAAGGAAGCCAUCUUUUCCAAAGGACAGAGCAAGCGAAUAUGGAACGAAUUGUACAAAGUCAUCGACAGCUCAGAUGUGAUCAUUCACGUGCUGGAUGCACGAGAUCCUUUGGGUACACGAUGUCGGAGUGUCGAGAAGUACAUCAAGGAGGAGGCACCUCACAAGCAUCUGCUGUUCUUACUCAACAAGUGCGAUCUGGUGCCCACCAGUGUUGCGGCAAAAUGGGUAAAACUCCUUUCCCAAGACUUCCCAACCCUCGCCUUCCACGCCAGCAUGACCAACAGCUUCGGCAAAGGAACUCUCAUCUCUCUCCUACGGCAAUUCUCCGCGCUGCACAGUGGACGCAAACAGAUCUCAGUCGGCUUCAUUGGCUAUCCCAACACGGGCAAAUCUUCCAUCAUCAACACUCUCCGGAAGAAGAAGGUCUGCACAACUGCACCUAUUCCCGGUGAGACCAAAGUCUGGCAAUACAUCACCUUGAUGAAGCGCAUCUACCUCAUCGAUUGUCCCGGAAUCGUCCCUCCUUCAAUGUCCGACACCUCGGAGGACAUUCUCCUCCGUGGCGUUGUCCGAGUAGAGAACGUCGAGAAUCCAGCACAGUACAUUCCCGCUGUACUAUCAAAGUGUAAACAACAUCAUCUUGAACGCACGUAUGAAAUGAAAGGUUGGUCAGUAAACGACAAGCCCUUCGCAGAGAAGACAGACAAGGAACGUAUGGACGAGAGUAUCAAAUUCCUCGAAGUGCUCGCACGGAGAGGAGGAAGAUUACUCAAGGGCGGAGAGGCAGAUAUGGAUGGUGUGGCCAAGAUGGUGCUCAACGAUUUCCUCAGAGGGAAGAUCCCAUGGUUCAGCCCGCCCCCUGCCGCGGAAGCGGAGGAGAGUGCUGCRGAUUCUGUUGCUGAGGGCGAGGGGAAGAAAGAAGAGACUGGCCGAGAUGAGAAAUUGGGUCUCACGCACAAGAAGAGGAAGAGGGAAGAGUUUGAGGCUAAGCAGCCUGCUGCCGGGAAGAACAAGGGCGAUCAGGAGGAGGAUGAAGACGAUGAUGAUUCCGAUGAUGUUUAUGAGGACGCCGACGAUUUCGAGGGCUUCGACGAGGAGGAUGAUGAGGAGAAAGAGGACGGUGAUGAUUCUGAUGCCGAUGCAGGUGAGAGUGAGAGCGCUGGUGGCGUAUCUGUGCAAAUAAAUCCUGACGAGAGCGACGAGGAUACGCCGCCCUGA